GCCAGGCUGGCGGAGGUUUGGUGAGCGGUUGUCCAUUUCGAACAGUUUGGUGUUGCCGGGCAUCGGGGUGGCCUGGCCGUGCCGCCACCACGUUGUCCGCCGAGCCUACAGUUCGUCGUCGUGGGCUCGGAGUGACGCUCGUACGGAGUCGUGGACUUUCGCUACGGCGCUUGUUGAUAAAAUCUGGGCGGUGUUGCUACGCCCGCUGCGCGGAGGGACAGUGUCGCCCUUCGAAAGCUGGGAGGCCGAUCAUGUAAAGGCGAUCGCGCACGCGUGCGGCGUCAGGUCCUUUGAGCUGGGUAAGUAAGUAAUUCUUUCUUACCUAGAAAAGCUCUUGUCUUUGACUUUUGAUAGAGUCGGUGCCCUGAAGACAAUUGUAUUUCGUCGCUCACCUGGAAGCGAGCGCAUUUAUAUGUAAAACAAGUGCGACGUAGAGAUACGAAUAAACCAUGUACUUGUUCUAGUUCCACCGUACUAGUAGCCCUCCAAUAUUUAGUCAGAUGAAGGCGCCGCGUCUGUGAUUUUUCUUUCCAUGCGCUGUUAAUAGGACAACAAGUUUUCUACCACGACAAACCGCAGGGUCCGCCGCCAACUUUCGAGCGUGCGCCGAAAACGCUUGCCGCGACUUGUGCGAGGAUCACGCGGCGUACCGGCGGACGUACGAAAGGGCGCUGCGGCCUUUUGUCGUGGACAAGGUGGAUGCCCGCGGCAACGUCAUUCUGCCCCUCACGGACCCGGUGCCCAGCGAUGCGUGCGGCCAGCGCGUGGUCGACGAAUGCAGGCACUACGAGGAGACGCGGAAUUCCACGGAGCUGAAGUAUCGCUUUUUGAUCGGGCUUCUGGCGGACGAGCUGCGGGUCGACACCGGCGCGGUAGACUUUCCCUGUCGCCCCCCCUGGGAGGCUGCGGUCUUGUCUUGGUGCAGUUCCUCGUCGUGCACUAGAACCUGUUCUACUUCUAGAGGAGCGC